GCUGUGGACUCUGCAUGCAUGGAUCGUAGACAUUCGGCAUUGGGCGUGUCGGAAACAAAUUCGCCGAAUGGAUUAGUUAGGUUACACCUAGAUCCUGUGCAUAUAUUGAAGUAUCAUUCAGUGCGAAGGGUGGUGGUUCUCAUGGUCGUGGUCUAUCGGUCAGCUCUUCGUGUCUUUUUUCUUCUUCCUUACAACGCCUAGACGUCAUUACCAAUCACCCUGUAUGCUGGGACUUUCCCCCUUAUAUUCCCUCACCCC